AAGAUAUCGUUACCGCCAUCCCUAGGCAGAGGCGUAUUUCAAGUUUGUUAUUUUGGCAUUAAUUAAUAUUUUUGGUACAGAUUCUUCAAAUUGGAAUUAUAUUUAUUUGAGGCUAGAGCAUUUUAUAUUAAAUUUAAACUGAAAAAUGUCGAGACAAACAUCUAGACUCGAUGCUAAGAAAGUAAAUUCUGAACUUCUCACGUUGACUUAUGGUGCUCUAGUGUGUCAAAUGUUAAAAGAGCUAGAAAAUUCUGAUGAUGUAAACAAACAGUUGGAAAGAAUCGGCUACAACAUGGGUGUUAGACUAAUUGAAGAUUUCUUAGCUAGAACCAGUUCAAAUAGGUGCUUAGAAAUGAGAGAAACUGCUGAUAAAAUUCAACAAGCAUUCAGGCUCUAUUUAAACAUGCAACCAACAGUUACCAGUUGGAGUAGCGCUGGUGAUGAGUUCUCUCUGGUCUGGGAUCAGUGUCCGCUGAGUGAGUGGGUCGAGAUGCCCAACAAUGGGCUAAAAUAUUGUGCUUUAAUCCCAGGUGCCAUCCGGGGGGCCUUGCAAAUGGUGCAGCUUGAUGUCCAGUGUUGGUUUGUUCAGGAUCAGCUCAAAGGAGAUGCAGUUACAGAACUUAGAGUGAAAUAUAUAAAACGAUUAGAAGAUGCAGUGCCAGCGGGAGAAGAUUAGAUGAAUAAUAUGGUAGGUGUGCGGUUAAUAAGUUUACUUUAUCAAAGAAUGUUAUAAAUAAUCGUUAAUAUCUUACUAAAUAUACAUUGUUUGAGUAUCAAGUAGUUUUCAGUCUUUUGUCUUUUUAUAUUUUCUUGGAGACUUAAGUCUAUAUCUAUACUAUUUCAAAAAUUAUUAUUAUACUUAAAGAUGGCAAGCAAUGAUGAAGAAAACAUUUACUGUCAAUGGUCAUUUGAGUGUCUGAAACACAGACUGAUAUUAUUUUCUGCCGUAAUUAUUGUUUUUAUGUAUAUAAUCUGCACAGCUUUUGUUGUAGUUAAUCGAAUGUCGCCAUUUUAGAUACAAUAUGGCGGUCGCUGCAAAAGGACGGUUUAUCAGUCUUUUUUUUUAAUUAAACACUUGUUAAUUUUAUUAUGUUAUCUUAUAAUUAAAGUUUAAUUGUAAUGAAACAGUGCUGCUAAAAUAUCAUUGGUAAGACAAUGUUUUUAAUUUCUUUAGUAAUGAUCAUUUGAAUAGCAAAAAAUUCCUCUAUUAGUGAUUAAGACCAGGCUCGUACUGUCGAUUUUUCGUCAUCCUGACUUAUUGUUUCUGUUAUUUAUAUGAAAGUCACCUGAGUCUCACGUUUUUAAGCGCACGCGCCACCACAAAGUUUCUUAGGCACGGUGACAUAAAGUUGGAAAGUCACGGUGACAAGAGUGCGCACGUAGCCUUAUACUCGAAAAAUAUAGGCACAGGUAAUGUGUAAUAAAUUCUUUUUUGACAGUUAAAAAAGAAAUUAUUACAUUUUUAGUUGGUUAUUUUUGUUAUCUUUUUUAUGAACUAGAUGUCGUUAAUAUCAUACAGAAAGACAACUAUUUGGUAAUAUGUUCUAGAAUAAGAUAGAUGGCGUUGACUUUUCGAUUUCUAUGCAUAGAUGUAAUGAAUGGGUAAUUCCAAAGUGAACAAUCAUAGUUUACAAUGCACAUUAUUAUUUCUACAAUGAAUGUCAUCAUAGAUACAUAUAAUGAAAUUUUA